AGAAGAAACGGUAGAAAUCCGGAGUUUCGAAUCACGAUGUUGUUGACAAAACCAACUUUGAAUUAAGUUUGUGACGUUACUUCUUCAUUUGAGUUUUCAUUUGGUUGUAAAUGAUAAAUCGUUUAAGAUAACAUUUUAAAAAACCAACGGCUCACGCUAUCCUGAUAUGGUAAUCGGAGGCUAACCUCGUUAGCCGCCGAUGCUAACAAGGAACUGGAACCUCUUAAACUCUUUGAACUGAGUUAAACUGUAUAAAUGAGCCCCAACGAGACGUGGUGUCGAUCUACAGAACUGUGAGCAUGCUUCAGGGCCUGCUAGGUACCGUGGACCGGGAGAGGCCCCUCAUCCGGCUUCCUUUCACUCACUUUGCCGUGGGGACGGUCCUGCUCCCAUUCACCGGCCUGAUCGUCUGCCUUUGCAUCUCAUUGCUGUACCACUUUGAAGAUUCCACCUACACACACUGUCAGGUUCCAAACUACCUUCCAUCCAUCAGCGCAGCCAUCAGCCGCGUGCCUGAGCGAUAUGUCUGGCGCUGUUGCAUUGGUGUUCACUCUGCACCACGUUACCUGGUGGCUGCCGUCUACUUUAACUUUUACCGCUGCUGCUUUGCCAAGAGGCUGCCGGAGCUGCUGCUGAGCUGUCUGGCUCUGGUUUGCAGCGUGGCUGAAAACACGGGACUGCUGCUGCUCACAUACGUGUCGUCCACAGAAACAUACAGUGUUCACAAACACAGCUUCAUCGUGUUUGUGGCGAGCUCGCUGCUGCACAUGCUUGUCACCUGCAGACUGUGGCACGUGAUCGGGAGCUGGAGCCUGAACCCCGAGGAAGUCGUAUCAUAUCGAUGGAAGCUGCGUCUUUUCUUGUUUAACGUCAGCUGCUGUCUCGCUGCUUCUUACUUCUUCAGACGCCACAACAAGUACUGUGAACCAGGAAUUUACACCCUCUUUGCCUUCUUUGAGUACCUGGUGGUCUUUUCCAACAUGGCUUUCAAUAUGACCGCCUUCUGGGAUUUUGAAAGCAAGGAGGUGAUUGUGGCCACGCCUCCUGAAGACAAACGCUUCUGAUCCUGGCUGACAUCAUAGGAGGUUCUGAUGUCACAGACACGAUGACCUUUCAACUGGAAGCACUUCCAUAACACUGCCGCGUGGUGUUCCUGGGUCCAAAAAGUCUGUUUUUUUUAUUUGUGUAUUUAUUGAACAUGUUUCAGACGUCUGGAUGACAGUAAUGUGAAAAUAAACUCAUUUUACA